AUGAAAGUUUUCAAACACUUAGUGUUUUAUGCAUUGGUCUGUGCUGGCAACUCAAUCCCUCUCAUCAGAAGACAUUUGGAUUUUCAGGAGAAUUAUGGAGUUCUGGUAGAAAAUAAUGAUAAAGAUUUGGAAGGUUUCAGGAAUUUUAUUGAUUUAGACAAGAAAGAUGCUGUAUAUCUUGCUAAUACUCGUGAACAAAAACAGUUCGUAAUCAAUGAUAUUAAUGAUCUUGGAAGUACCAGGAAAUCGCUAUUCAACAAUAACUAUUCAUUCCAUGAAAGAUCCACGGGGAACAACUAUAGGGUGAAAGACGAUAAAUUGUUCAAGUAUGAUGCUAUCACCAGUCAAUUGGAUGUUACGGAAGUGAAACUUACAGCACAAGGGUCAUGUAUGGAUAUGACAAAGGGUCCUGGAGGUUCCUUGAGUCAUUCUAUUGAAGUUUCUGGUAGCUUUGACAUAAAUUUUGAUUUCAGUGUGGGAUUUCAAAUAUUUUUCCUUAGCUUUUCAUUUGGAGUCGAAUUUAAACCUGCUAUUCUGGUGGCAUAUAGUACAUCAGGUUCAUGUGAUAUCAAAGAAGGAGAAUAUGGCAGGUUAGUAACUUAUUUACAGACAGCACACAGUCCUGACUUAUUGGAGAAAGAGAUGGUGUUACAAAGUGGGAAAUUCGUUGAAACUGGAAACGAGCAAAUAAUCCCAGGAAUAGACUUUUAUAUUGAUUUGACUCCGGUCUUCCAGUGUGAGAGGAGUUUGAUUCCCUGUUGA